AAAUAUAGAUAGAUUUAGUGAAAAACUUGAUAAAUUAUUGAAUACGAAAACAAACACUGGAACACAAUUAUUACCAGUAUACACAGAACUUUACGAGCUUAUGUAACUACGACUAUAAAUAAUACAACUUUUGAUAGCAAUGUUAUCAACAAGUAAUUAUUUUUGACAUUCUAACUGAUAAAUUGAGAACAAAAUAAUUAUAAUGUAAAUAUUAUAAUACUGCGAAAUGUCAUUUACGAAAAUAGCCUUCGCGGGAAUUUUAAAAUAGUUAACAUUGUAAAAAAAUUGAGAUAAAAUUGCCAGAUUUUAAAAGAUGAUUAAACGAAGAAGGAUUGAGUUCUAUAGGAACCAGAAUUUUAAUUGGUUCAAAAUUGACAUAAAAGCACACGAUCUUUUCUAAAACAAAAAAAUCGUAACAGCAACCAGAAAGUCUAAGCAAAACUUUAAACCCUUAACGUAUUUUUUUCAAACUACUCAAGUGACAAUGACAUAAUUGUUUCAUUCAAAGGAAUAAAAACUUCCCUUAAUAAGUGACUUAUUUCGGCUGUGGUUGUGAAGUUACUUCAAAAUACCCUUUUAAGUAAUCUGUGGGGUAGAUGAGACCAACAAAGAACUUCAAAGAAGGCGCGAAGGCCGCGAUCCGGCGCGCGCAAGCAAGUCGUAACAAGUUGCCGGCAAUUCAAAAAUGCGGCAGCAGUUUCUAUACUAUACUUAUACUUUCUAUUAUUUUGUACUUUGUACAGCUUCUGUAGUGUUGAAAUCAUGAGCGAAAAGUAUUGCAUGGAUUGAGUUAAAAUGGAAAAUCCGCUCUGUUUAUCCUUUUAUUUUGUCAAUAAACAAAAUCUAAGAUCAUUUGGAAAUAUAAUAAAGUGGAAUAUUUUCAAAGAAGACAAUAAAGACUGUUUCUAUAAAUUAUUGGUCGAAGAAGAUUUUUUGGUAAGCAACUUAACUACUCCGUUAAAAACUAUUUUGACAAGUAUAAAGGAAAAUCUAAAGAGUAAAAGCAAACAUGAUUUUAAAAAUUAUUUUCCGAAGGAUGGGAACUUAUUUUUACACCCUGUGGACAAAGAAAGUUUGUUUAAUAGUUGCUGGAAGGCGCUAAACGAAAUAAUCCCAAAAAAGUUCUUUGGAAAUAAUCAAAACAGUAAAAUAUUCAAAAGUUUGAUCAAAAUCGCGAUCUACAGCAUGAAGCGCCAGCAUUUUUAUUUAGAAAAAAUAUUUUUAAAGUGGAAUUUCUCUGUAUUACCCUGGAAUAAUCUAUCAGAAGCAAGUUCUAAAAAAAUCCUGUAUAAUAUUGUAAAAUGGGUUGUGAAAUAUUUAUUGUCAUCAAUUAUUGGUAUAAACUUUUAUGUGACAACUUGCAAGCUAGAUGCUAAUGAAAACAAGCUUUAUUAUUUUUGGAAGGACCACUGGCAGAGCUUUUAUGACAAACAAAUAUCAAAAAUGGUAUUUACAAAGAUCAUACAGAAAUAUAGACCUUAUUCCUUGGGCAAAAAGUCAAAAAGGAAUCAUAGUCUUAUUGAUAGAAAGAAAUUGAAAAUAUUAGGAAAAGAUAUUCCUAAGCUGUAUCUUACCUUGAAACCGAACAGUGAUUGUAGACCAAUAGUGUGUUACAAAAAUGACAUCCAAAACUCUUCAGAAAAAUAUAAAAUUAAGGAGAGGUUAAAAUUUCUAAGGUUGCUGAAUGGUAAACCAAUGGACAGGAUUGAAAUCCAGUACAAUAAUAUGUAUGCCAAGUGGUUAAAAGCCAAUAAACCAAAGCUCUAUUUCAUAAAAACUGACCUCAGUAAUGCCUUUGGUUCAAUAAACAGAGACAAAUUACUGAAAAUAUUAUCAGAGAGGUACAUAAACUAUCAGAGGACUGAAAAGUGUGUUUAUAUGAAGAAAAAAAUGGCCCAACAAUUCAGAGAUAUCAUAACCGAGCUUCGUAAACCACUCCUCAUCCGUGCUGGUUCUACUGUGUAUGAAUGGAAAGAAGGUUUGGUUCAAGGAUACAAGUACUCUCCAGCACUCUCUGAGUUGUACUACUCAUAUAUGGAUAAAUUAUAUUUUUGUGAACACAUGAAAUUUACUGAAAAUCAAGUAAAGCUGUUUAUUAGAGUUGUUGAUGACUAUAUGUAUGUAACUGAUUUACUAGAGGAUGCUUUAUCGUUUUUAAAUGCAUUGUCAAAUUAUAGAAAUGUGAACUAUGAAAAAACUGUGGUCAAUUUUCAACAUGAAAGUAUUAAGUAUAGUGAAGAAAUAUUUUUUCUUGGAUAUUGCUACAAUACUUCUAAUCUGCAAGUGAGCAGAGCUAGCAAUAUUUAUUCUGGACAAAUGUGUUACAAAAUAGCAUUUUCUAGCGGUAUAUCAAAUUUAUAUAAGUUUAUUGAAAGCCGUGUUGGACAAUCUGGUAUUCAAAUUAAUAGCCACAUUUUUAAUUUAAAUUAUAAUAAUGAGGAAAUCAUUUGGAGGCACAUAUUUAGUACUUUUUGUUUGUCAGCGAACAAAUUUUGCACAAUAUUGGCUAUAUUAUGCAGUGAACAAGAGAUGAUGAAUUUUCUGCAACUGUACAAAAAGAGGGUAUCAGUAAAAUUGAGUAACUCUAUGAUAGAUAUGUUAAUAAGGAAUAAGCCAAAGGAUUCGUAUUUUAUAUAUUGUAUAAAUCAUUUUAGAUAUUUGUCAUGGCAAGCUUUGCAUCUUUGUGCUAAGUUUACACCUAAGUGUACUGGGCUGGUUCCGUCAAUAAACAAUUACUUAGCGAAAAGUAAUUGUGUUUUUGGGAAGUGGCGAGAACAUGCAAGACGAAUAGAUAUAAAUGGAGAAUGUCUACGACCAGCUGUCAGAGAAAUAUGCAGAAGAACUGAUCUGAGGAAGAUAUUUAAAGAUUUCAAUGAACUACCCAAAGGAUUUGAAUGUUAUCACCACAAAAAACUUAUGUAAAUACAAUAAAAUACAUUAUUGUGUAAAAAAUAUUUAAUUUCAAAAUGUAUAUAAAAUAAUUUUACCUGGACGGAUGAUGUUACACUUAAAAAUAAGAAGGCACACCUACACUGGAUGUAAAAUAUGUAAAUGCUAUUUCUGUAAAGCUUUAUAAAACAAUAACUUAUUCU